AUGAGGAAAUUGUUUGUCAUACUACUUACUUCAAACUUGGUCAAUCGCCCGGAAAAUGUGUGGAACGUAGUGUGGCAACAUCUAGCAGAAUAUGUACAAUUUAACAAGCGCAAAGUGUUGCAACAAGAAGAUUUGUGUUUGUCCGAUGACGAGAAGAAGAAUUUGGCCUUGAUUGAAAUAGAGCUUCUGUUACAGUCGUACAACAAGACAUUGAAAGAUUACCCUCAUAUGCCACUUCCAAACUACGAUGAUGUUGUGCGUUGUGAUAAUCGUCUGUUGUGGGAUGAGCUUGAUUACGACCGUGACGCAUUAUUAAAGGAUAGUCAAACAAUGGAAAGGCAAUUGACGGAUGAGCAAAAAGUUGUGUACGAAACUGUAGUAAAUGACGUAGACCACCAGAAAGGGGGGUUGUACUUUGUCUACGGGUACGGUGGAACUGGGAAAACAUUUGUCUGGAGAGCGCUAUCUGCAAAAAUUAGAUCUAGAGGGGAUAUUGUCAUCAACGUAGCAUCCAGUGGAAUCGCAUCUUUAUUGCUGCCUGGCGGCCGAACAACACACUCGAGGUUUGCAAUACCAAUUGCAGUCACAGAAGAUUCAACCUGCAAUAUCACCCAAGGGAGUAGCUUGGCAGAACUCAUUAUCCAGUGCAAACUUAUAAUAUGGGAUGAAGCACCGAUGAUGCACAAGCAUUGCUUCGAGGCACUAGAUAGGACAUUGCGUGAUCUUUUUCGGUUCACUGAUCAGAAUGCUGGAAACCGAACGUUUGGAGGCAAAACCGUAGUACUUGGUGGUGAUUUCAGACAAAUACUGCUAGUGAUCCCUAGAGGUUCAAGGCAAGACAUUGUUUCAGCUUCAAUCAACACUUCGUACCUUUGGGAUUCAUGUCAAGAAUCCCUUAAUGGUAUCCUGGCUGAUAUGCACACUCCUGAGUUUCUAAAUGGGUUGAAAGCGUCUGGCAUACCUAACCAUGCUUUAACUUUAAAGGUGGGAUCUCCGGUUAUGUUGUUGAGAAACAUAGAUCACUCGAUGGGUCUAUGUAAUGGUACAAGACUUAUCAUCACCAGAUUAUCUGAUCAUGUUGUGGAGGCAAAGAUUGUUACAGGGAAUAAUGCAGGCCAAAUUGUCUUGAUACCAAGGAUGUCAAUGACCCCAACUGAUACAAGACUACCUUUUAAAUUUCAAAGAAGACAAUUUCCUUUGAUGCUAUCAUACGCAAUGACUAUCAACAAAAGUCAAGGCCAAACCUUGACACACGUAGGCUUACUAUUAAGGAAACCGGUUUUUGUUCAUGUAUCAACUAUACGAUUUUUGAUAGCAAACGAAGAUCCUACAUAUUCUAGUACCAUGUUUGUUUAUAUUAGCAUCCAUUUUAUGGACACUCGUGUGGACUGGUGA